UUGGAUUACCAUGGUGACAACCUUUGUAAUCCGGAGGGCAGAAGUGAACAGCGGUUUAGUUGGCCAUGUGAAAUGCGCAUAUGGCCACUUAAUCUUCGAACUGUUCAUGACAAGUUGAAAAAAGACAGGAGGUCAACGAAAAUGCCAAUGCAGGUGAGACCUAGGAGGAUUUGAUACUUUGCGGAUAGGGGUUCUCAUGUAGUUUUAAAUCGUUUUAUAGUCGGUCAGUCUGUAAAGCCUAUAAAAAUGCCCAACACCCGAGUUAUUAAACCGAAAACAGUUGAGAUUAAGCCGAAAAUCGUUGACAUUAACGUCAGGUCAAAAACUGUUGAAAGCCCACCCGCCAGACGCACUAAGGUUAUUCAGAAGAAGAGGGCAUCAAGUUGCACAAGAUAUAAUGCUUCCUUCAACCAGCACAAGACCGAGUCUACCAAACCUCCGACGACGAAUGCCCAUGUUUUAAAGUGCGAAAAGAAGGGGAAAACGUGUGCGACCUCCUCUAAACCCCAAAACACGCCUAUUGGACAGAAAGAUGAACGGACAACAACAAAGCCCGAGCACAGAGUGAUACAUGAAAUUCACAGUCACAAAGCCUUCACAGUCAUCCCACCAAACCCAAAGAGGAGAAUUGAAAUCCAGAAACAGGCUGAAGCCGAGCUGGCUGCUCUGGAGGACCUACGGUUGAGUCGGGCCAUGGGCUACAUAUCCUUGGCCCCCAGCUCUGUGGGUGGCUGUUUAACCCUGGAGGAAGUUAGAAAAAACAACAGCAAGAAGUGCAAACAAGAAGAAAGCCAAGACAGGUGGUAGAGUACAAACAAAGUUAGCAGGAUAUAAUACUAUACCAUGUGAGCAUAAG